AUGUCGACCACCAAAUCAAAAGCGAUCGGUUUGACCGUAACCUCGUCGAAUACGUCCCGGCCAUCCCCGGUAAUUAAGAAGAUCUCGCCCAGCGGUAUUUGCACUGAGGACGUGUCCUUUGAAGCGUACAAGCAGCCGAAAAACAAAUCCAAGCGGCGCAGCUUCUCGCCCAUGGUGCACCAAAGCCGAAUACCGUCACCGGAACUGUCGCCCAUCGAGCUCAGUCAAACAUUCCGCAUCUCGCCACGGUACAACACACCCACAGCAAACGAGCGGAAGGACACAGCUGCUAAAACCUAUCUACUAGCCAAAUCAUUUCGACCAGUUAAGAAACCCUCCCGGGAGGAGGAUGUGUACGUUGUAACACCGAUUGCCAAGCGGGAACUCGAGCAUCGCAUCUGCGUGUCUAAUAUACUAAAGGACAUGAACCUCUCGAAGUACAUUCGCAUCUUCACCAAUGAGGAGAUUAACUUUGACGUAUUCCUUACACUGUGCGAGAAAGACCUGCACGAAAUCGGUAUCCACUGUCAGGAGGACAUAGAGAAAAUUUUGUCCAAGAUUGCCGACUACAACAUGGGCACAGAGAACUGA